AUGGCGGACUCCAAAUCCAAAGCCGCGGUAACAACACAAACCAACCCACGCGGAAUCCCCGUGGCGCCCUUCAUCGACAAUGUGAGCGACUAUGUUUCCUCACGCGACGAGGUCGAAUCCACCCUGCGCUCCUUCCAGGAGAUGAUCUCCAAGUACCAGUUCAUGGAGGUCAACACCCAGCGUCGCGGGCAGGGACUGCGUGAGAAGAUCCCCGAUAUCAAGAAGACGUUGGAGAUGGUGCGGUUUUUGAAGUUGCGCAAGGAGGCCAACCCAGAUACCGACCUCGAAACCAACUUCGAACUCAAUGAUACCCUCUACGCCCUGUACCUCUGGCUUGGCGCGAACGUCAUGCUCGCAUACCCGCUGGACGAGGCUGAGAACAUGCUGGCGGAGAAAUUGACGGCGGCGGAGUCUAGUCUUGCCCACUGCGAGGAGGAUCUGGAGUUCUUGCGCGAGCAGAUUACGACUUUGGAGGUUGCGACGGCUCGCGUGUAUAACUGGGAUGUGGUGCAACGGCGGAAAGAGAAGGCUGAGGGAAAAGGGGACGAUACCAAAUAG